CAAGGAAACUGGGGUAUUACCGACGUGAGCGACUGCAUUGGCGCAAUCCAAUCACCUCCAAUCAGUUCCCUCAUCGACACCAAACGCACUGCGAUCCGGGGCGGGAGUGCGGGUGGGUUUACUACCCUUGCUGCCAUUUCCCUCGACUCCUCCGCAGCGAGCAAAGUGAAAUUCUUCGCAAGUGCCACGAACAGCUACGGAAUUUCAAACAUGGAGCUUUUUGCAGAAGACACGCACAAGUUCGAGCUCAUGUAUAUCAUAAAGCUUCUUGGUGGUACAAGGGAAGAGAUUCCGAAAGUUUGGCACGACCGGAGCCCGGUGUAUUUUUCUACGAACAUCAAAACCCCAUUACUCGUUCUUCAAGGCAAUGAUGAUGCAAUUGUUCCGCCCGCACAAUCCUGGACUAUUAUUGAUGGGAUCAUUAAAUCUAAAGGGCGUGUUGAGGCGCAUUUCUUCGAUGGCGAACAACAUGGGUGGCGCACAUCAGGGACGCUCAAGAAGGCGAUUGAGUUCGAGAGGGAAUGGUACGAGAAGAGCAUGGUGAGACCCACUGUAGCAACUUGA